GGAGGCUCGGUGGCACUGAUCUGACUGCACUCACACAGCUGACCAGGCUGAACAUCUGAGAAAAUAUCAGCAUCAUGUCAGAGGAUGUUGACAGAAGCAAGGUGUUUAAAACCACCAGGGUGCGGACUGCACUGAAGAAUGAUCUCAGCUGGAUCCACAGAGCGAACCAGCCAAAGGACGAGGAAGAGCAAGGAAAAGCAAGGACGGAUAAAGCCGUAGUGAGGACAAAACCCAGUCCAGUCAGGCACAGCUCAUACGUUCUGUCUGCAGUGAAGAAAUUUGAUCAUUCAGCUACUCAGGCAAAUGGUGAUGCUGUUUCUCCCAAGAAAGCUGCUCAGCCUGAGGAAUCAACAGCGAAGAUCACAGAAGAUACAAAGCCCCAAGCACCUGCUGAGCAAGCUGUCCAAAAUGAUGAGGCAAAAAAAGAUGUGCCAGUUGCCAACACAGCUGCAGAAAACAAGGAAGCAAAUGCAGAUGUGUCUGUUGAACAGAUAAAUGGAGAACACAUCGAGGCGGCUGCUGAGGUCGCUGCAGAAGUUGUUGUAACAGAAUGCAUCCGGAAAGGAGAGGCAGAAAAAAUUCCCUCUGCAGAAGAUGCAGCUGAGCCGCAGGAGAGUGACACAGCUGCAGAAAUCAAGGAGGCAAAUGCAGUUGAACCCGUUGCUGGAGAACACAUUGAGGCGGUUGCUGAGGUCGCCGCAGAUUCUGUGGCAGCAGAACGCAUCCAGAAUGGAGAGGCCGAAAAAGUUCCCUCUGCAGAGGAUGCAGCUGAGCCACAGGUUUCUAAAGAAGCACCUGCAGAUGCAUCAGUGGAGCAGAUAAGUGGAGAGCAAACUAAAGAGGCUGCUAAGGCCAUUGUAGAAGAAUGCAUCCAAAAUGCACAACAAAUCUCUGCAGGUGAUGCAGCUGAGCAACAAGUUGCCAACACAGUUGAAGAAAUCAAGGAGGAACUUGCAGAUACAACCGUCAGUGAUGCUGAGAUCUCUGCAGAUGUUCAUGUGGCGGAUCCUGUUUUGGAAACUCCUGCUGCAGUGGAAGUGAAAGACACAGCCGAAGUCCCUGUUUCACCUCCAGUCGAGGCCAAAGCACAAGAAGAGCCUUCCUCUGAACCUGGGCCUGCUGAUGUAACAACUGUGGAGGAAGCGGCAGUGGAACCAACUGUUCAGGCUACAGAGGAGAGCAGUCCCCCAGAACAGGCUGCAGAAGAAAUUAUUAAAGCUGCAACUGAGGUCUCAGUGGAGUCAUCAUCCGACAAAACUGAUGUGACUGAUGCUACGCCAGGAGAGGGGGCUGCUCUCCAAGAAAGUGUUGAAACAGUCACAGAGUUAUUGGCAGAAUCUGAAUCGCCCACUCAAGCUGCUGCUGAAGUUGCUCCAGUGGAGAGCUGUGAUAAAGGUGUUGAAGAGACUGCAGAAGAAACUAUUGAAGCUGUAGCUCAGGUCGCUGUGGAGGCAGUGCCUGAGACUCCUGAUGUGACUGAAACGGCAAAAGAAAAAUCCGCUCCUGAAGGCCUUAUGGAACCAGUACCUGAUGUAGUUGCAGAUACUGUAUCGGUACCAGCUGAGGCUGCUGCUGAACCCGUGGAACUGGUGGAGAAAAAAGUCGAGGCUGCAGCCCCAGCAGAGCCGCCCCUGAAGACGACAGUUGAAGACGUGGUUGAAUGUGAAGUCCAGCCUGUUGUUGAGCGAAGUGUUGAGCCAGCAGUUGAGAGGGCUGCAGAUCCUGUUGUGGAAGCUGCUGAGCCAGUAGAUGCUGAGACUGCUCGGGAUACGUUUACCUACAGAGUCAUCGAACUGACAGAUGCAUUAGAUGUGGUGACACCCACAGAUGAAGCUGCACCCACUGCAGCUGCUCCUGAACCUGCGAAAGACCUAGAAGAAGCCCACACAGAGGAGGCAAAACCGAUCCAAGAGCCUGAUGUUACCAACAAGCCUGAAGUGGUGCAAACGCCUGUGGAGGAGCAAAAAACAACAUACAUUCUGAAGGAAACAAGUGAUGGCAUACCUUUUUGUUCAUUCUGUGACAAAUUAAUUGAUGGAAACGUGAAGAUCAGCUUCAGUGAACCUCUGGUGAGGUGCCACCCAGACUGCCUCAAGUGUGGUGUGUGUGCGAAGGCCCUGGGAGAUUUGCUGACCCCCAUGUUUUUGCAUAACCAAGUGAUCCAAUGUGAUGGCUGCUUUGCAAAAGCUCUCAAGACCUAAAGCCUAACUGGGACAAAUAUGUCAUCAGAGAAGACCCAAAGCGUUCUGUGAUUAAUGUGUUGUUUGGACUGAGAAAGUCACCACU